AUGGCCAGACCCUUCAGCUGUAUUGAGAUGAUUACAGAAAACGGAUAUAACGAUGACUUCCCGUUCAGAUGCAUAACGCAAGAGGAGAUUGUUAGUGAUUGCGACAAUAGAUUUUUGGAAAGAUCAUUAAGUAGUAUAAGGACGAUGAGAAUAGGUUCUGAUUAUUACAAAAUGAACCACCAGCGACGCGGCAUUGCUGUUAUAUUCAACCAUGAGGUUUUUGAUGACUACCUUAAUUUAAACAACCACAUUGGAGCCAACGAUGUUAAAAAUUUGAAUACAGUUUUAAAAGAAUUGGACUUCGAAGUCAUUGUUCAUCAUAAUUUUCAAUUCCACGAGCUUAAAGGGCGAUUAAUUGAAAUGGCCAAAAACGAUUACUCGAACGACGAUUGUUUAUUGAUUAUAAUACUGACUUAUGGCGAUAAUGGGUUUCUAUAUGCUCGAGACACUUUAUACAGACCGGAAACACUUUGGUAUAAUUUCACAAGAAAUAAAUGUCCGUCACUAGCUGGAAAACCGAAACUUUUUUUUAUACAAGCAUAUAAAGAUGAUAAACAUAAUAUAGGUACUAUUAAUGAGAAAAUAUGUGAAAUUCCGGUUCAACAAGAUUUCUUGAUUUUGUUUUCGACACUACCACAGAAUGUAUUUGGUAGAAAUUCCAACAACGGCUCGAGGUUUAUAGAGGUACUGUGUAAACAGCUACGUACACUUGCAACUAAAACAGAUAUCCUGCAUAUUUUGACAUUAGUCAGUAAGAAAGUUGCUAUUGCGUACGAUACAAACAGGCGUAAUGAUCAAUUUAAUUAUCAAUGGAAAGUUCCUUGUGUGAGUAGCACGUUGACACGACUCCUGGUUUUCGAGAAGAAAAACAAGAAGGUUUCGUUUCCUUGGACCAAAAAGUAA